AUUAAGCAGACGACGGUCUGAGUCAAAGAGAGAUGCAGUUUCUCUUUCAGCGUCGUUUUAACGUCAACUUUCUCAAACAAUGACUUUUCGUGGAGGGAAAUGGAAGAUAUAUAAAUUAGUGAUAGUUUUCUUUAUAUUUACGACUUUUUGUCUUUUCGCUGUCUAUCUAUUGCAAAAUAAACCAGCAAGUUUUGAUCUAACUGCAGAAUUUAGCAAUGAAGACACAUCGAGACAGUUUAAAAUUUUGCAAAACAACGAGUUCGUUCUUGUGUUUGUACAUAUUCAAAAAACAGGUGGUAGCUAUUUUGGUAGACAGCUAGUCAAGAGUUUAGAUAUGAAAAAGCCAUGCAAAUGUAAAUCAGGGAGAAAAAGAUGCAAUUGUACGAGAGAUGGAAAAAUUUGGUUAUUUAGUAGAUAUUCUACUGGUUGGGCAUGUGGUUUACAUGCUGAUUGGACAGAAUUACAUGAAUGUGUCAAUGAAAAGAUGAAUAAGAUCGAGAAAGACGUGAGAAAAAGAAGUUACCUAUAUAUUACAAACGUUAGAGAUCCGCUUAAAAGGUAUCUUAGUGAAUGGAAACAUACCCAGAGAGGGGCAACUUGGAAAGAUUCGUCACUUUUAUGCGAUGGAAGAGAAUAUAAAGAUUUCAUUCAAAAAUGCUAUGAAGGGGAAAAUUGGAUGGGAGUAGGUUUAGAAGAAUUCUACUCAUGUUCGUACAAUUUGGCGAAUAAUAGACAAACAAGAAUGCUGGCAAAUUUGUCCUUAAUUAACUGCUACAAUUCAAAAUUACCGAAAAGCGAAAUAGAUAAUAUACUAUUAGAAUCAGCUAAGAAGAACUUACGAGCAAUGGCUUACUUCGGACUAACUGAAUAUCAAAUAGAAUCUCAAUUUCUUUUUGAAAGGACAUUUAACGUUAAGUUUUUGGUGAAUUUUCUUACUAUAAAUAACAGUAGAGCGGAUAGGGCUGAAAUAUCGUCUAAGGACUUAGAGGCAAUACACGAAGCCAAUGAAUUAGACUUUAAAUUAUAUGAUUAUGCCAAAGAACUAUUCUUUAAGAGAUUCAAUCAAAUUAAAAAAGAUUAUUUUAUGAAAACUGGUUUAAAAUUUAAACCUAUUAAAAGUAUUAUAAAUAAUACAAUUCUCGAAGAGAUGUUAAAUGAUUAUGGCUCUGAUGAAGAUGAUGUAAAUGCAAAAAAGAAAAAUGCUCUCUCAUUAUUAAAGCAAAUGAAAAGACAUUUAAAAGUUGAUAAGCAUAUUAAGAAAAAAUUGAAGAACUUCCAAGAAACUGAUUAGUAAAAGUUUAUUUAACUUCCUUUAUGGUUCAUUUUCCUGUUUUAGACGAUAAAAGGAAGUAUUUAAGAUAUUUUAAAUGGAAACCAAAAUGAUCCAUUGUUUUUAUUUCGUUAAAGUUUUGUCUCUUUUUCCGAU